GGUCGGCAGGGGUCAUGAAAGCUCUACUCGAGUCGACAAUUGCCUGAUAUAUUCAACCUCGAGAAAUGCCGAGACUAAUGCGAAAAUAUUCGUGCAUGACCAGCACCAGUCGGCUCCGUAUCUCAAGGUGAAGCAGCCUUCGAUAAAGCUGCUAUCCUCUUCUCCUCACCAUGACGACUUCCUUGAAGCAAUGGGUCAAGGCCGAAAAGGCCUAUACGAAACAAGUGCCAGUUCGUGGAAACGGCAUAUUCGCAGUUCACGAUAUCGCACCCAAAUCAGAGGUCAUCUUCGUUGCUCGGCCUCUGAUGGUGGCACUCGAGACCCCUCAACUGCAAACUCGCUGUUAUUAUUGCUAUAGCUCCCCUGGAGAUCCUAGUCAAUCUGCCGAAAACGCCAAAGGUCAGACUUUGAAGACGUGUGGUGGAUGCAAAGCCGUCAAAUUUUGUGGUCAAAAGUGCCAGACUCGGGCUUGGUUAGAGUAUCAUCGGCUAGAGUGCAAGCUCUAUGGCAGAUUGCAUCCUCGAAUACUCCCAAGCACUGCUAGGGCUAUCAUUCGACUACUGAAGCAGCACAAGGCACAACUUCUUUCUCAAUCCGAAUGGGAUCAGCUUCUGACCCUUGAGAGUCAUCAAGAGGACCUGAUCAAAGCUGGGGGCCAGCGUUGGCAAGAUAUCUUCAUCAUGAUGAAGGGCAUAAAGUCUUAUUGUGGUACCAACCAUAGUGAGGAGACAGUACUGCGAAUAUCUUGCAUUUUGCUUGUCAACUCUUUUACUCUGACAAACCCGACAUUCGACUCUCUGGGAUUGAUUCUGCAUCCCAAACCAGCUCUUUUGAAUCACUCUUGUGAUCCCAAUGCAUUUGUGAGAUUUGACGUCCCAGCAGUAGGUCAUCAAGAGGACUUCCCCCCCUACGGAAACAUAUCUGUUCAUGCCUUGAAGCCAAUCGCCAGAGACGAGGAAGUGACUCUUUCAUAUAUUGAUACGACAUUCCCCUUUGACAAGAGACAAGAGGAACUGAAGGCUCGGUAUUUCUUUACUUGCAGUUGUAGCUUGUGCUCCAGAGGUCGAGACUCUCCUCGAGACAGAUUCCACCCAUCUCUGAACACCGUGGCCACUGAUGCAGCCCAGCCAGCCAUUAGUGCCAUCGUUGCUGAGACCGGCGACCAGGUGGAGCAAUUCUUCGCAGGCCUGCAAUCUCAAACUGGACUCGAGCACACCCAGAUUGACAGCAUCAAUCACAUCAUGCAUCGCCUGGCACAGACGAGCAGCUGGCCACUGUACCGAUACCCUUGGCCUCAGUUGCGGCAGCAGUUGCUCCUUGGACUACUCGCCUCGCAGAGGUAUUCGGAGGCUCUGUUGCACUCGGCAGUGUUUGUCAGGAUAGUACAUCCUGUCAUGUUCGAACAAGAGCAUCAUCCAAUCCGAGUCGUGCAGAUGUGGACGUUCUGGAAUUUAUGCCGGCAAUGUUUGGAAUCUCUGAUGCUGCACGAGCGAUCGCUUGACAGCAUCCAACACGACCCGCAGAUGCUUGGGAUGUUGAGCUGCGUGCUGAUCGACGACAUUCAUAGAAUCAUGAACAGAGGGACGAGGUCGGACGGAAAGCUAGAAAAACUGAUUGAUGGGGCGCUUCAAGAUGUAAAGAAUGAGGGCAGCUUCUGGAAUGCAUACCAACAUAAGAAGGCAGAGACACGCAAAAUCGCCCUUGCGUGGAUUGACAACCAACUCAAGGCGUUAUUGAGGAAGGAGGAUGUCUCUCAAGACAUUAUUGACCUGGCCUUCAAACCACAAGGCUGA